ACGAAAGAUAAAUCCUUAAAUUCUAUGAUAUAAUACAAUAUAACACUUCUCAAGUAUACGUUUCGUUAAACGCCAGAGUCUCUGAUCACGGAUAAAUCCGCGUUAUCUCCUCUUCGCGUUGCUUUCCGAACGAAAUUUCGACGCCGCGUCGCGACGCGACGGGAUAAAUUUGGAACAGCCGUCUCGCAGAUGUAACUCAACUACGCUCCACAUUUCUGCCUUAGUUUCGUGUCGAAAAACAUGCGAGAAUCACACGCGUGUAGCUUUAUGGCGGAAAUCGCGUUCGGAUAUUUGCAAGUAAACGCGAACUUUAUGUUGUGUUGAAAGAUCCUUUAAGGCUCUGAAGAAUCAUUCAAAGAUUCCAAAAAAAAGGAAUCGAAUAAAUUUGAUCUUUCGUCACCGUAUGGUUGCGAUUAAUCGUAGUUAUCAGCUGCCUUGAUGUAACUUUAAACAUUUUAUAACAGUCAUCGUAUUAGUGUACGCUUGGAGGCAAGUAGAAAAUGCCGCGCGAGGUGUUCGACGUGGUGGAAGUAGAGAAACCGUCGAAAUGCAUCAGGUUCCUCAGGCUGCUGUGGAAAUUCAGCAGAUGCGUAUUCUCUCAUGUGACGCUAAUCUCUUUGGUGGUUGCUUAUUGUGUAAUCGGUGCAUUCGCCUUCGAGUACCUGGAGGUGAUUAACGAGAAGCAGGUGAAGAACAGCAUCAAGUAUAUACGAGGAAACGUUUCGGAAAAGCUAUGGAAAAUUACUAAGGAUUUUGACGUGUUGAUUCGUGAAAAUUGGACCGAGCAGGCGUUGCUCGAGUUAAUGAAAUUCGAGAGUUGCCUUUUGAACAAAAUGGAGAAGGAAGGAUGGAAUGGCAGCGAAAAGGAGGAUGAUAUUCAAUGGACAUUCGCCGGUUCUUUGUUCUAUUCCAUCAUCGUCAUUACAACGAUUGGAUACGGUCACAUUGCACCAAAAACGAAAUAUGGAAAAGUAGUGACUAUUUUUUAUGCCAUUCUCGGCAUUCCGCUCAUGUUGCUCUGCCUAUCGAAUAUCGGAGACGUCAUGGCGACGAGUUUUAGGUUUCUCUAUUGGAAGGUGUGUUGUUACGUGUGCACAAAACCACCCAAAAAACGAGGGCGUAACAAUCUGGUUAGGUCAUAUUCCGCUCGUCAAUCAGGGUACGGAUCGCGGUACGGAUCGAGCAGAGGCCCCUUUCGCCGAUCCAUCAGAGUGAGUCAGCGAUCAGCUGACUCGGCCUUAGGACUCUCCGAAAGUAUGACAAAGUCUUCAUAUUCCGACACUGAUUGUAGAUACAUGUCUCGACGAUUGGAAGGAGGUGAGGCAAAGGCAAUUGCUUACGCACCUUCUAUAAAUUAUCCAAUGGAAGCUAAAGCCGCAACUAUACCACGUUAUUCGGACAUUCCAGUAGCGACUCCGAGAAGCGUAAGAGGCAGUUCUAGAAUAACGACGCAGUCGCUGGACAGAAAAUUGCUGAUGAGUCCGCACGAAGCAGAUCGUUCGCCCGUUUUGUGCAACAAAUACGCAUUGGAUGAUUUCGAAGACGAAUCGUCGAGAUGGCAAUCGUUUCAAAAUAAGGUCGAGAAUUCGGAGAGACUGCCGCCGCCGCCGCCGCCGCCGCCGCCACCGCCGCCAGCGGGUCGAAGCAACGAAACGGCCGAAGAGUUGGAUGGGGUUGAAAAGCGAACAUCCUUUAGAACCAGAUCCUUGCCGAGAAGAUGUCUUUCCGUGGAAGAAGCGACGACGAAUCACAGAACGAAUUUGUCAACGGGACUCCGACCUGCUUCGAUCUAUUUAGAAAUGGAAUAUAUGAAGAGGUCGCAGUCUAGCAAAAGUAGACGCAGCAGAAGCAAUUAUUCUGUAGCGCGUUCUUACAAACGAGGACCACCACCGUCACCGAGGAUCAUGUCGCCGAUGGGCUUUGCCGUGCAUCGCCAGGUUUACGCCGACGAUAUCGAUUUUGACUACGAGUACUCUAUCGCUGCGGAUGAUCAGGAAAGACAGCCGACGAAACCCGUGCCCAUUUGGCUGUGCGUCUUUCUGGUCGUCAGUUACAUACUCGGCGGUGCUUACCUGUUCCAGAAGUGGGAAGAAUGGGAGUUCCUCGACUCGGCUUAUUUCUGUUUCAUCACGUUGACCACCAUCGGUUCGUUGUUCGUUAACCUCUCGAUUAGUCUAUUGAUAAAAAGGUUUUGGCGAUUAUGUGCCGGCGUACAAUGCAGACGAGCAGACGAGCAUUGCCCUUUCUUCUCUUUACCUGCUAUUUGGAAUUGCCUUGCUGGCAAUGAGCUUUAAUCUGGUGCAAGAGGAGGUCAUCAAUAACGUCAAGAGCGUCGCCAAGAGGCUGGGUAUCAUCAAAGAGACCGAUGAGGAGGAGCAAGAGGAGGAAGCCGGGGACUACGACGAAUACGACGCCGAGUACGAAGAUGAGGUCUAUGAGAACGAGCCCAAGCUCUGAUAUCGCGAUCUCGCUCCUUUCAGCUCGAUUGCUCGUUACUAUUCGACAAGAUCGGGAAUCGCGAUUCGCGCCAAUCGUUCGUCUUUGCAUAUAUGCGAAUACAUACAAGUAUACGUCGAUCGAUCGAUUGACAUAUCAAACAGUUUCGUGACGUAGGACGUAGACACUAGACAGAAUUAAUCUCGAUCGAGAAACUUGCCCCUUUUCGCGUCAGAAAUAAAGCGAAUGUCAAAAAAAAAAAAAAAAAAAAAAACACUUGAAAAAA